AUCCCAACCUGGGUUGAAUCAACUCAAGUCUGAAGAUCCGCCAUUUCAAAGCGCGGAGGAGCUAAAAGGCUUGUAGGAAGUUUUGUAAAUUUGUAUUUUUUUUUAACUAAUAUAUUUCUUAUUUUCUUAGCGAGUUAUAUAACAUUUUGAAUCUACCUCCCUGGCAUCACCAGCUGAAAUGGAUGCAGACACAGAAGAAAAGAUGACAGAAACUUUGAAAACUUCCAAAGAGGAAUCUGCGACAGCAGUAAUGGACAACAAAGCUAGGGGUCGUGGGUUUAGAGGCCGAGGGGGUCGGAUGAGUCGAGGCGGCAUGCGUGGUGGGCGGGGCUUGAUGAAAGGGUUCGGUCCACCUGGACAUGAGAGGGGUCGACUGAAACAUGGGCCCAUGAAUGGAUUUGCACCCAUGAGAGGCAUGAGGAGAAUGCGACCUUACCCAGACCUUCGAGGACAUAGAGGCAGGGUUGGACCAAUGGGCAUGGGCCCUCCUCCCCCUCCCCCUUUUCCCCCACCACCACCGCCCAUGCACCUGAGGAGCCCCUUCCCACCUAUGCCCAGGCACGGACCCCCCCCACCUCCACCUCCAGGUCAUCCAGGGUUCAGAGGGCGUCCACCACACCCUCGAGGCCGUGGUAUGCCACCCCCCGGGCCUCGACGCUACUUCAACCCCCGCGGCCCGAGAGGCUACCACAAUGGACCGGUGUCUCCUCCGCCUCACCCCCCACCUGGCAGAGGCCAGAGGUGGCCAGGGCCCCCUGGUGGCCGACGCUUUUAACACAGCCUGCCCUAAAAACAAUAACAAAGCACUUGUUAAUGUAGAAGGGGCCGAAAAGUGGUGCAGUAAAUGAAAUGCCCCUUAACUAUGUGUAAAACAAAGUCUUUGAGUAUCUUCAUGGCAUACUCUGUGGCCAAAUGUCUGGUUAUUGAUUUUGUCUACUGGCAAAUGUGAAAAUGACAACUGAGGAAAACAGCUUUGUAAAAGGCACCCUGGCAUUCUGUUACAUUCUGUUAAAGAAAUACUGUUGGUGCUGUUGGAACCGUUUGACAAUGUUAAGAAAAAGUUUUCCUCUAAAGGGGCAACACUCUUGUCAAAGUUCAUUAAAUGUUCUGUGUUUUUCUGUUGUUGUUAAGUCACCCUGUAAGCUCUAGCAAAUGUUCCCGAUCCUUUUUAACAAUAUAAAAUGGGUGACAGUGCUUAUAUGAAGAUGGGCGACAUUUAACAAAGGCGUACACAACAGCUCCAAGCACUGCAUUUAUGGUUUAGCACACCGUGGACCUCCCUUACUUUCCUUUUGUUACAUGGAAUAGUUAUGUUUUUAUAACCUCUCAGAGCAGUGCAGCACAUACUGUUUAACAACGAAAUAUUUUUUUCAAGAGAACAGACGAUAUUCCACCACUCAAGUAUUCAUGAGUAUUUCAUUUCUUCUGAUUAUGUAUCGUUAAUGUGCAGCUUUUUUAAGUUGAGUAUUGCUGUUUGGAACAUUCAUGUUUGUCUCCAGCAAACGUUUGUGUCAUGACAAAAAGGAAAAGGCAUUAUAAAUGAACAGCAUAGUAGCUUUUAUAAAAGAAAGCCAAUUCCAUGAGUAUUUGCUUCAGUUAAGGAUAAGAAAUUACUCUUUAAUGUGUUACAUUUGUUUGAAGUGUUAUUCCAAACUUAAUUCACUGUAAUUAACAGAACUUUUGUGAACCUGUGAAUGUGUUUGAUGAAAUUCGUCAAGACAUAUGACGUAGUAGUGGAGAGAAAAAAUAAAAUAAAACGACAACAACAAAAAAAAAAAACUCAACUUCUCUUUUUUUGUUUAUUCAGAAAACAAGUCUGAGAGUUGUCAUAACCAUUUACAGCAAAUCUGUAAUAAAUGAACGAGAUUUGCAGUGGCAAAAACUAGAAAUGUUCACAGGGGCACGAUAACACAUGUCACUUCAUCUAUGAGACGAGUGAAGAUCUAAGUCAUGUAAAGACCACUGCAAAGAUUACCAUCUUUAUAUUGACACCAUUGACUGAGAGCGGAGGACCAAGAGCCCCGAAUCAAUGCAAUACUCAGUGGAGCUGAGUCUUAUCUGCAGGCUGGACAUUAAAAAAAAAGAAAGGAUUGAAAAAUAGCAGAAGUGUUAAUAAAAUAAAUAUCAGUUUCUCAGUUGCAUUGCCAUCCAUCUUGACAUAACUUAAAGUGAUUGGAGGUCUCCACCAACAGCUUUACUUGAAAAUUCAGUGGUAGCAUGUCUAAAAGGAGGACAUCAUCUGCAAAGGAUAAAGAAACACUCUGAUAUGACACUGGACUUUCACAUUUUCUUGCUACUUCAGACAAAUAUCAUUAACAUCUUAAUUUUAGAUUUGGAUGACUUUAGAGGCUCUGACAAAUACGUGUUCUGACAUGCAUGUUUUUCUAUUCCAGUUGAUUUUAGUGUGUUUGUUGGAUGAAGCAGAGAACAGAUUAUGUGAUACAGGAUUUUCUUAUUUGCAGUGAUUUACAAUUACGGCUCCAUUUUAGGGGACAUUGAAUGAAGUGGACACUGAUUUAAAAAGAAUGCAUCUUUUUAGGUUUUACAAGCUUAUGAAGGGCUUGACCCUCUCUCUUUUUAGGAAUGCACUGAUCAAACUUUUUUUUACUUAGUACUGAUCCCAUUCUAGAGUUUUAUUUAAAAAGUCUUCUGAUGUGGAACAGCUUUGGUUAUUUUUUUUAAUGUGUAAGGCAACAUGAGGGUGACUUAGAUAUUGCUAUGCUAACAAAAAUCUAACUUAAAGAACAUACAAUAGUAAUUACAUAUGAAGUAAAUUAAAAACAAAAAAAACAGAACACAGGUAUUGUCGUGUUAAAUCACAUUUAAGUCACAAACUUGUGUGACGUUAAAACCUUGGACUGCUCUUUCGGCCUUGUGCAUGCGGGAAUAAUUUCUUUGAGCAUAAUGACAGGCCUGCACUCUGCUGAUGCAACAGGAGCAUAGAAUACAAUUGAACAGCUUAGCUGAGGUUUUGCCUCAUUCUCCUCAACAUCUGAUCCAUAUACUGAAGUCAGUAUCAGUUUGGUCCAUCACUGCUGUUUUCCUUCUAAGGUUACUGAAUAUAUCGAUUUAAAAACAGGUGAUGUAGUGCGAAAGCCAGGUCACAUAAAGAGUGGAGUGUUUUAUGUUCUGCUUGCACAAACAGGGAUUUGUCCAUUCCUCUGGGUAAAAAAGCACUUAGUUCCCUCAGCCACCAAAUCUCUACAGAACACUGAAACAUGGCUGCAGGUGUACAGCUGGCCUACAUGAUACAUUGAUUCACAGGCAGGUGUUGCCCUCUCUCUCUUCUGUCUGUCUUUCUCCAUCUCUUCAGCACCUUCAGUACAUUUUGCUGCCUUUUCCGUCUCUGCAGUCCCUUCUUGUUCUGUCCCUUCUUUGGUUGAUUGUAACAGACUGACUGUUGUUGUCUCCUGAAGGGGGGCACACAGUACAGUUAACCUCCCAGGCUCCAGGAACCCCGGCUCCCUCCCUCCCAUCUCUCCCCUCCUUCACCAGCGGCGUGACACCUGAGGUCCGGCACUUCACUUGAAAAGGUGAGCCUCCUCUUGUGUCUUAAAUCCCCUAAACCCCUCCCCUCCCCUGACGCCUGGAGAUUCUCUCUUUCAGGUUGGAAGUCACUGAGACACUUGAGGACUAUGGGUAAGAGCUCAAGGUACUUUAUCUUUUAUUAUUGGCAUCAAACAAGUAAACAUAAGGGUAGGGGACGGAGCAUGCUGGUGAAGAAAAGAUAAAUCUCUAACCAGAAUUAUUGCACUUAUAACAAACGUGGAUAUUUGUACACGUUCAGCAGGAAAGCAGAGGUGUGGAAAAUAUUUAGGAUAGCUAAAGUUCUGUUUUGCUGCUAAGUGCAAUUAGUAGUGUUAAAUAAUAAAUCGAUGCAUUUGUAGUCUGAAGCACUUGGCUGCAAACACUGGACAAAAAGAGAAGAGAUUGGUAUUAAAUAUUCAAAAUCUCUCACUUGUGUGCCUGAAAGCUUACAGGAAUUGUAGCAGUAUUAAACUCUAAACUGUUGUUUAUUCCACUGGGGGGGGGAGUAGACCAGAACAAUUAUAAUUACAAAUACAUAAUCAUGAUGUUUUUUUUAAUGUAACUCAGCAUUUGUUAAAAAAAAACUCUCACAAAUUGGAUAAAGACCCCAUAGAAAAUGUUACAAGACACGGAUGCAAAAAGAUGUCUGUGUUCCAGUGUUAAGAUUCUCAUGGUAUGCUUUUGUGUUGUUAUAAAAAAACGGUUGCAUAACCUAACUAGGAAUGCUAGAUGUCAAGCUUUAAUAACUGUCAAGUGGACUGAAUAUUUGUAGGAUUUAGAUGUUCAUAUCGACCCAAAUGAGGACAAAGAGAGGACGUUAAGUGUCUGUGCUUGUUGUGGAGCUGAAUUUCUUGAACCUGCAGUGUACAAAUCAAAACCAGAAGAAAAUGUAAACCUCUGGAUUUCGUUCUAUAUUAAGUUCAUUUCAGUCACAAUAAGAUGCCUUUAGAUUCUUAGAUAUGAACUGGUUACAUAGUCAAGUUUUAAUACCAUUUGUGGUCUUGAUGGGAUAGAAAGCUGAUGACUCUCAUAGUAACUUGUCUUAGAUACUGCUUUGUAAAACAAAUUAUAAAGCAGAAACAGGGGAAGGGGUGGAAGGUGUCAGCGAUGAUAUAUAUAUAUAUAUAAGAGAUUUUUACCAGAAAAUCUUUGAAAACAACAGGUAUGCAAGUAUUUGUUUCCAAUCAUUCAGUCUGACAACAUGUGGUUUUCACUGUUGAGCAGUAGAUCGUUAAAUCAUUUUGCCUAUGUUUUGUGUUUACAAUCUAUUCAAUAAAAGCAAUAAAGACA